GGGGCAGCGCCGGGUUGGUGCGCCGAGAGAGGCGAGGCGCGGUGUGAGCGAGAGUCGUGGCCCCCGUGCCGGUAGCUUCUGAGCCGCUGUCCGCUGCGCGGCCUCCGCCCUCGCUGCGGGCGGCCGCCUGCGAAACCCCGAGAAGCCCCCGGCGUCCCCGACCGGGCCGAGGAGUGAGGACGGGGAGUCGGCGCUGAGAGAAGAGCCGGACCGAGCGGCCGAGCCCAAGGCCCCCGGGAGUGGAGGUGGGGGGCUGAGGCCCCCAAGGGGGCCCCGCCGCGAUGGGCAACCUGGAGAGCGCCGAUGGGGGUCCGGGCGAACCGCCCUCGGUCUCGCUGCUGCCGCCGCCCGGCAAGAUGCCGAUGCCUGAGCCCUGUGAGCUGGAAGAGAGGUUCGCCCUGGUGCUGAGCUCCAUGAACCUGCCCCCUGACAAGGCCCGGCUCCUGCGGCAGUACGACAAUGAGAAGAAGUGGGAUUUGAUCUGUGACCAGGAACGAUUCCAGGUGAAGAAUCCCCCACACACUUAUAUCCAGAAACUCCAGAGCUUCUUGGACCCCAGCGUAACUCGGAAGAAGUUCAGGAGGAGAGUGCAGGAGUCGACCAAAGUGCUGAGGGAGCUGGAGAUCUCGCUUCGUACCAAUCACAUUGGGUGGGUGCGGGAGUUUUUGAAUGAUGAAAACAAAGGCCUGGAUGUGCUGGUGGAUUACCUGUCCUUUGCUCAAUGUUCUGUCAUGUUUGACUUUGAGGGUCUGGAGAGUGGUGACGAUGGUGCAUUUGACAAGCUCCGGUCCUGGAGCAGGUCCAUCGAGGACCUGCAGCCACCCAGCGCCCUGUCAGCCCCCUUCACCAACAGCCUCGCUCGCUCUGCGCGCCAGUCUGUGCUCCGGUACAGCACUCUUCCUGGGCGCAGGGCCCUGAAGAACUCCCGCCUGGUGAGCCAGAAGGAUGAUGUCCAUGUCUGCAUCCUUUGUCUCAGAGCCAUCAUGAACUAUCAGUACGGCUUCAACCUGGUCAUGUCCCACCCCCAUGCUGUCAACGAGAUUGCGCUCAGUCUCAACAACAAGAAUCCAAGGACCAAAGCCCUUGUCUUGGAGCUCCUAGCAGCCGUGUGUUUGGUGCGGGGAGGUCACGAAAUCAUUCUUGCUGCCUUUGACAACUUCAAAGAGGUGUGCAAGGAGCUGCGCCGCUUUGAGAAGCUGAUGGAGUACUUCCGGAAUGAGGACAGCAACAUCGACUUCAUGGUGGCCUGCAUGCAGUUUAUCAACAUCGUGGUGCACUCGGUGGAGGAUAUGAACUUCCGGGUCCACCUGCAGUAUGAGUUUACUAAGCUGGGGCUGGAGGAGUUCCUGCAGAAGUCAAGGCACACAGAGAGCGAGAAGCUGCAGGUGCAGAUCCAGGCGUACCUGGAGAAUGUGUUCGACGUGGGGGGUUUGUUGGAGGAUGCCGAGACCAAGAAUGUGGCCCUGGAGAAGGUGGAGGAGCUGGAGGAGCAUGUGUCGCACCUCACAGAGAAGCUUCUGGACCUAGAGAACGAGAACAUGAUGCGGGUGGCGGAGCUGGAGAAGCAGCUGCUGCAGCGGGAGAAGGAACUUGAGAGCAUCAAGGAGACUUAUGAGAACACGAGCCACCAGGUGCACACCCUGCGGCGGCUCAUUAAAGAGAAGGAGGAGGCCUUCCAGCGCCGAUGCCACUUGGAGCCCAAUGCCCGGGACUUAGAGUCGGUGGGCAGCGAGGCCCUGGCCCGGGUGGGCUCUGCAGAGCUGAGCAUGGGCACGCCGUCCUCUGACCUGGACCUCCUGGCUCCAGCCCCGCCCCCUGAGGAGGCCCUCCCUUUGCCUCCUCCACCUGCUCCUCCCUUGCCCCCUCCACCUCCCCCUUUACCAGAUAAGUGUCCCCCCGCCCCACCUCUCCCUGGUGCUGCUCCCUCUGUGGUGCUGACAGUAGGCCUGUCAGCCAUUCGCAUCAAGAAGCCUAUCAAGACCAAGUUCCGGCUGCCUGUCUUUAACUGGACAGCGCUGAAACCCAACCAGAUCAGUGGCACUGUCUUCAGCGAACUUGAUGAUGAGAAAAUCUUGGAGGACCUGGACCUGGACAAGUUUGAAGAACUGUUCAAGACGAAAGCCCAGGGCCCUGCCCUUGACCUCAUCUGCUCUAAGAACAAGACAGCACAAAAGGCCGCCAGCAAGGUGACCCUGUUGGAAGCCAAUCGUGCCAAGAACCUGGCCAUCACCCUACGCAAGGCUGGCCGCUCAGCUGAGGAGAUCUGCAGGGCCAUCCACACGUACGACCUACAGACACUACCUGUGGACUUCGUGGAGUGCCUGAUGCGCUUCCUGCCCACAGAGGCUGAAGUGAAGCUGCUGCGGCAAUACGAACGGGAGCGGCAGCCCUUGGAGGAGCUGGCGGCUGAGGACCGCUUCAUGCUGCUCUUCAGCAAGGUGGAGCGGCUGACCCAGCGAAUGGCAGGCAUGGCCUUCCUGGGCAACUUCCAGGACAACCUGCAGAUGCUCACGCCGCAACUCAAUGCCAUCAUUGCAGCCUCUGCCUCUGUCAAGUCCUCACAGAAGCUGAAGCAGAUGUUGGAGAUCAUACUUGCACUGGGGAACUACAUGAACAGCAGCAAGCGGGGUGCUGUGUAUGGCUUCAAGCUCCAAAGCCUGGAUCUGCUGCUGGACACCAAGUCCACUGACAGGAAGAUGACAUUGCUGCAUUUCAUCGCCUUGACGGUGAAGGAGAAAUACCCAGACCUGGCCAACUUCUGGCACGAGCUGCACUUUGUGGAGAAGGCUGCAGCAGUGUCCCUGGAGAAUGUGCUGCUAGAUGUGAAGGAGCUGGGCCGGGGCAUGGAACUGAUUCGGCGCGAGUGUAGCAUGCAUGACAACAGCGUCCUUCGGAGCUUCCUCAGCACCAAUGAAGGCAAACUGGACAAGCUCCAGCGCGACGCCAAGACAGCGGAGGAGGCCUACAAUGCAGUGGUGCGCUACUUCGGUGAGAGUCCCAAGACCACACCUCCUUCUGUAUUCUUCCCAGUAUUUGUCCGAUUCAUUCGUUCUUACAAGGAAGCAGAACAAGAGAAUGAAGCCCGCAAGAAGCAGGAGGAGGUGAUGCGGGAGAAGCAGCUGGCUCAGGAAGCCAAGAAGCUGGAUGCCAAGACCCCAUCCCAGCGGAACAAGUGGCAACAGCAGGAGCUAAUUGCUGAGUUGAGGCGGCGCCAGGCCAAGGAGCACAGGCCUGUGUACGAGGGGAAAGAUGGUACCAUUGAGGACAUCAUCACAGUGCUGAAGAGUGUCCCUUUCACGGCCCGUACUGCCAAGCGGGGCUCACGCUUCUUCUGUGAUGCAGCCCACCAUGAUGAGUCAAACUGUUAACCCCCAAGGCUGGGGCCCUUGACAGGUCUCCACCAGCCCAUUGUCGUUCGCCACCAAGCCAGGAGUGUGGCCCCACCCAGUGGCCCACCUCGGGCGCCAGGCCCCCACUAAGACCCUCUAAGAGGCAGAAGCACUUCAGCUCCCAGAGUCCUGCAAGUCCAACCCGCAGACCUGGAGCCCUGGAAUCGGCCAAGGGCCCAGCGGAAGGCUAUGCUGCUCCCGACCAGUGUCCACCCAAGCUCUCAAAGCCUGCAUCUUCCCUGCCGCCACUGUGGGCACUAGGUCUUCCAGGGCCUUGCACGGCCCUGGGGCCUCCAGUACUGCACUUUGCCUCCAAGGUCUUCAACUUCAUUUACUGAAGGGUCACCAAGGGUCAGCUGGAAAAAACCAUUUCGAGCUUUAGCCUACAGAGGGACACCUAGGCCACUCUGUCAGUAGAGCCAGAGGGGCAAGAGGAGUGUCCAGGCUUGGGGGGCCCUGGGACCCUGCCAAUCUCAGAUCAUCUUUUACCAGGAGCAAGGCCUUCCUAAGCCUGGGCCCCACUCAGCUGUGCCCUAGUGAUAAGGGUGAGGAAAGAAGCCACACUUACUGCCCUUGGCCCUAGCCCUUUGCAUUCCAGGUUCUUGCUGAGGUGGGCAAAAGGGUAUUUCUCUGCCCUAGUCCCAAGACAGCUAGAGAAAGGGUAUGCCAACAAUAUCUUCACCUCCUUCAGCUACGUUUUUGUUUUGUUUUGUUUUGUUUUUUUGAAGGGGCCAGGGACAUGGUGGUCUUACCUGCUAUAUUCUCAGUCCCCUGCCAGUUUCUUAGCCCCUGGAAGGGAACACAGGGGUCCAUUCCUUUUUGUACAUGUAUCAUCUCCCUUCUCUCUUGUACAUAAACCCUGGCCCUUCUUUCAACAAAGGCUUGAAGCACAGGCCUGACUCUGACUCCUCUUUCUGAGUGUGGAGGGCUACAGUGGCCAUUUAGUUUGAUCUUAGCCCUGCGGAUAGAAAGGAGGCUGGGCAGAGCUGCCAUCUGCUUGGAGGUGAGCACAGAAACCUGGAGAGGGGAAUCAGGUUAGUGAGCUCUAAGCACACAAAGGGAGGCACUACCAUUAGGCACUGACGCCCCCUGCUGGCUAUGGGUGCACCUGCCCAGUCCCCAGCCCACCCCAGUAGUAUAUGAAGACAAAAGAGCUACUGGCCAUGUUAUAAAUAUUGUUAUUUAUAAAACAAAACACACAUAGACAGGGUCCCAGGGCUGGAGGAAGGAGUGGUGGAGCCCCAGGGCCCCGUGCAGGCAGGAGCAGGCACUGAUGCUAAAGGGUAAGGACCCCGCCCUCUGCCACCCAGGCUGUGUCCACCAGCCUGUCACUCUUCCCUGGAGGCCCCUUCUCACAUUCUACCUACUGGCACCACCCACCCCACGUGGCAUACACCACCAAUCUUGUGGGGCUGAGGGCAAGGACUGCACUAGUUGUCCGGGAAGUAGGGGACUGUUGAACACCAUGAGCAACCUUGGCAGGUGCUGGCAAUGGUGUGUUGGGAGUGGGGUUACUUGAGGAAAAAUGGACACAGACCAGACUAUGGAAGAAGUCUGGGGCAGACGGUGAGGGUGACCUAGUAGCCACAGACCCAGGCAGAACCGCUGGUCAGUUCACUGGUGGUCAUCCAGCUGCUGUAGGAGUGUCCGCCGCCGCCUUUCCAGCUCCCCCUCACUCAGCUCACUUUCUGAUGUGUCCCAGCCCGUCUGGGGGAGCAAAGGCACAGCUCACCCACUGCCUCCCCGGAAGGCCGUGGAGGCCUGGACAGAGCGCUGCCUGGGCUGGGACCAGGCACCUGCCUCUCACCUUCUCCUUCUUGAUUCCAAAACCUGGGGAGCGAUUAGGGAGCUCUGCCAGCCGGAGCUCCCUGUCCUUGUCCUGUUCUGGUUCUUUCUCAUCACUCUCCUUGCCAGCUUUCUCCUCCGGGUCUGUCACACUCUCAGGACUGUUCUGUAAGAGUCCAGAGCCGCCCCCUCAGUUCCUGUGAAGGACAGCUGGAGGCGGGUGGAAGAGAUCUCACACAAGAGCAGGGCCUUGGGCCGAAGUUCCUUCUCUACGCACCGACUUGUGUCUUCUCUUUUUAGCUUUCUUUUUUGGUUUCUUGGCUCUCCGAAGGCCAUGAUCUGGAGAUAGAAACCCCCCACUAAGUUCCUGGGAGAAGGGAGGGAUCACCCUUUCCUCUGCCACAGUCCCUCUGUCUGCUCACUCUUCAGACAGGGACCUGCCAAGGAAGUCUUCAGUCAGGGACAGGAAGUUCUUCCUCUCCGACAGGUGCAGCCCUCCCAACCCGCUCCACCCGCACGGGCUGUGGCUCCCAGGGCCUCCUCAGUCUGGGCUAACUUCUCCAGCUCACAGCUGCUUACCUGAUCCAAGGAGAAGGCGAGAGGAUGGGGAGCCCCGUCCUCCAAGGGCAGCACCCCCACUUUCAAAUGAAUCAAGUGAGGAAGAGGGCUCAGAGCCAGAUUCGGAGGGGUUCUGCCGCCUCCGCUUGGGGGGCCGGAGAGAUGGUGGGGGCAGCUCCUCCUCUUCCGACUCGGAGCCCUGGGCAAACCAGCAGAUACAUGUCAGGCCGACAUCCCAGAAGCCCUUAGUCUGGGAACUGGGGCAGAGAGGAGGAUCCAAGGCCAAAAGAAUCCUCAAAUCUCCCUCCCAGGGAAAUAACAUCGAGGGGAGUGAGAAAAGUUAUUUCCCCAAGACAGUCCAGCCUCACCCAUAUCCUACCCACCACUUACUGAGGGCGAGUGGGAACGCUUGCGAUGGUGCUUCCUGCCCUUUCUGCCGUGCUUCCGGCCUUUCGUGUGGAGGUGCUGGCAUUCAGUCUGGAAGAGGCAGGGGUAAGGAAGGCGCCACGGUUAGCCUCAGGACUAUCGAGGCUACCGAAGACCUCCCCCUCCUUAAUGUCCAGGAAAAGAGCCCGAGAAGGCGGGGGAGGUCUCUGGAGCUGCCCCCGGUGUUCAAGCAACUGGGACAGGUGCGGAGGACCAGAAGCUCUGCCUCACCUCCAGUACCUGCAGGAACUCCCGGAAGAGCCGGAUCCGCUCCGACUCCAGGGUUAUCUGCUCAAAGGCUGAGUCGCACACAAAGCGCUCACGGACCUUGAACGGGAGAGCACUGCUGAUCAGACCAGCCCCGGCACGGCAUGGGUGCCGCCAUGAGCACAGGGCAGGGCUGGGGCGGAGGAAGGUAGGGAGCCGGAGCUGGCCCCAGCUGUAUUAUGAGUGGGGUGAGCCCCCACUGGUGGAGAAGCACCGCUGCCCUCAGGACUGAGGGGGUGGCGUGUGGUGGCAGGCUGCAGUCCUGACCUCUUCCCAAGCAGUGCCCAGCUCCAGAGCAGGCACGGCCUGCCUCAGCAUGCUUCGAAAGGCAGCUUCCCUGCGCCGCAGCCUUCGUGCCUCCUCCUUCUCCCGCUCUCUCUCCCGUGCCUCUGCUUUCUCCAGUAGCUGAGGGCAAAAAGCACACAGUACAGGGUCACCCAGGGGGGUGGAUGCCUGGGCCCCAUUCAGGCAUACCUUAGGAGGUGGGAAGUUGGGGUCUGGGCUCCUAACAUCAUCCCCUGAACUGGGGUAUAGUUACACUGGGGCAGUGAGCGAGAAGGAAUGAAAUAAUACACAGGGAUGAGUUUCAGCAGAAGACUUGGCUACAGCCCCGCCCUGCCCAACCCCUCACACUAUUGAAGGUCAGCUUGAUGUUGCCUGCGUCCAGCGCAGCAGCCCUCUUGUCAAAGCUUAUGACGUGGGCGAAGUCCUCAAAGGCUGUGUUCACUUCCACACAGAAGCCCCGGUCCUGUGGGCACAGCAGCGCAUGAAGCAAGGGCACCUCCAGGGCAGGCAGAGGGGUCCAACCACAGGAUGCUCAAGAAGUCCCCACCCCAGAGAUCCACAGGACUAGGAUGCAUCCAGAAACCAUGUUGCCCAAGUCUUCACCUAAUGACUAAGCCCCAUGCCUAGCCUUGCUGUGGUUGUCACAGGGAGCUAGAGGGUUGGCUCACAUGGGGAAGGUUGACAGGAAGCAGGGUGUGUGUGUGUACCGUGCCUACUGAUUAAUGCCUGAGUUCCUCAUAAUUAGUUCUUAUUCUUUCUUUUUUUGAAAGUCUAUAGACCUGGUAUUCCCAGGUGGUCUCCCAUUCAAGCACUAUCCAGGCUCAACCCUGCUUAACUUCCAAUCCAAUAUCAGAUGAGAUGGGGCAUGUUCAUGGCGGUAGACUCACAAUUAGUUCUUUGUUCCUUUGGCUUAAAGCUUGGGCCCCCUCCGGGCCCUCCUGCUGCUCAGUAAGUUCCUUGCAUUCUCAGUCAACCUCUGCUGGUCCCCCUCCUGGGCUGUAUUUACUGAGUGCUUACUAGUACUAGCUACCAUGCUGAGUGCUUCAUACACCGCUCAUUUAAUCCUCACCUUCCUAAAUUUAUGCAUUGAAUCCUAGUGUCUCAAUUUUAUGCAGAAGGAGAAACCAAGGUUUAGAGAAACCAGAGCAUUUGCCCAAAGGCAAAUAGCUAAUAAGUAUAUGUUUGAAUGAGAGCUCUACCCCAGGUCUUUCUAACACCAAAGCCCAUACUUGUAGGCACUACACCCACAUAAUCACCUGACCCACAGGAGAAACAGGGGCCAUCAAGUGUGCAACUCCCAAACACCUCACAUUCUCAAAGCACCAUAAGUCAGGCUCUGUGAUUCUCAUCUAAAAUUCACAACACAGAGACUUAGGAAAGUUAUCUCACUUGGCCCAAGACAACUUGGUUUGAAGUCUGGCUCUCCAGCUGGGGCACAGGCCCAACUUCCCUUCCUUUCCCUCCACACAGCUCUAACUUGCUGCUGAUGGCAAAGGCAUACUCUUCUUGCUUCUUCCAAGAGGACUUCUUCAACUCACACUCUCCAGUCCUUCUCAAAGAUAUCAAUCUCUCUCUUAGGAAACUGAACGCUCAAUCUCACCUCUUCACUGACUCCUUCCAUCACACACACACCUCACUUAAUCUGGAACUUCUUUCCACCCUUCCUCAGGCUUAACAACCUGCUUCUUUUCCUUUGUUUCAAAAUAUUUAAAUGUAGCACAAUGGAAAAUGAAAACAUUUAUUGAGCCUACCAUAAGCAAGACAAUACAAAUGUUAUUAAAUUCUCACAUCCAUGCACAUAAAAUUAUCCCCAUUUUACAGACAAGGACACUGAGGUUCAGAGCCAUCAUAUAACUUGCAGAGGUCUCAACCAAUAAACAGCCAGGAGCUACCUAACUCUUAAAGCUUGUGCUGCACCCACUCCACCCUUCAUGGAUACUGCUCUCCCAAAGGUUGAGGGCUCCUUCUCUGUCCUUGCUCAUUUGGUCCUCAGCACCUCUGCUGUUCACUUCUUCAAUGCUCCCCUCCAAGGUCCCCUCCUGUCUCUCUGACCCCUUUUACUUACUAUAUCUCUUGCAUGCACUUAUGCACCUGAGAGCAGCACUUAGUCUUUUCAAUUGACACCGUCCCUAGCAAUCUCAUUCUCCAACUCUCUCAUUUUCAGACCCACACUAGAUUGGGUAUUUCAUAGGCACUUCAAAUUCAGCAGGUCCUAAGAAAAUUCAUUUCUCAUGAGCACCUCUCCGCUCCUCCCCCCAUAUCUCCCAGCUGCUCCAAGUUUGGGGCUCUCUGCAUUAUCCUCUGGGGUGAGGCAGCACCACAGUCUCUCCGACUGGUGAAUGGCCACAGGGCCUCCUGGGCUUGUCAACCUUCUGUUGGCAGAAUCCCAAAAGGGGAAGAGAAAGUGCCUAAAGCAGCUUCUUUCUCCAGAGGUGUGGAGAGACGGGACUCAGUGAUAGGCCUCUGCAGACCUGUCAGUAGUACCAGAGCACUUAUACUAAAAGUUAAGCAUCCAAUAAAAUUUAGCUCUCCUGGGACUAGAUUUCUACUUUAUAUGAUUACUAGAGGCCCGAUGCAUGAAAUUUGUGCAAGGGUAGGCCUUCCUUCCCCUGGCUGCUGGCACCGGCUUCCCUCUGGCACCCAGGACCCGGGCUUGCCUCGUAGCCCCGGCUUCACGCGGAAGGACACCUGGUCUAAUUAGCAUAUUACACUUUUAAUAUUAUAGAUUCUAUUUAAUAUAUGGUGCUUAGUUUAUUCCUUCUGGCCCCAAGGUUGUUUUUAAGAAUAAUUUCUCAAAUGGAAUUCUUAUUUUCUCCAGCCCUGUUCUUCCUGCUUAAUCCUUACCAAUGGUGCCAUCAUCCCCUCUCGCCUCAUUUAUUCCUUACCCUUAAUUCCACACACACACAUCUGUCAAUUUUACUUCUGGGUGACUAUCCUACUAUUUUAAACUUUCAUUUUUUUAACAGCAGAAAAGUUUUUUUCAAUAAAAAUCUUAUACAGAACCUCGAUGUAUAAAAGAGAAGCUGCUGUACAUGUAAAUAGAGGAAAGAGCAUACCAUUCCAUCCUCCCUUACCCCCAUGUUUGUCCCAAGGCACCUCUGAGGUAACCUAGGGAGUCUCAAAGAGCUGGAACACUACCGCUCUCUCACCUGCCACCUCCAGUGCCCUGCCUGAGCUCAAUUCCCACCUAGAUCCCUAUAGUAGCCUCCUGACUGCUCUCCCUGCUCACCUCCCACACCUCUGACACAGCCUUGAGAAUCCAGGGCUGCUCACACUUUCGUAUCACAUGGCUCAGACAGCGGACAGUGGUCUCGGGGGGAGUUAGGAGAAGAUGACUCAAGCCCAGAUUUUAUUUUAAUUACUUGCCACUAUCACUUUUAGUAUCCUGAGGCUUCAGAUACUAUCCUAUUCCUAAGGAUACAACACAGUCUGAGAGAUACUACGCUACACUCACCAGGGCUUUUCCAAGGUGUCAUCUGAUCAGAUCAUUCCUUGGCUCCCCAGUACUUACAAAAUAAAAAUCCAAAUUUUAGUAGUCAAGGAAUUUACACAGAAGGCUCUACUUCCAAACUGGGACAUGUGGUUCCAGAGAAACAGAGGAAGCCACAGGACAAUAAGUGCCUGUACAACUUUGGAUCUUAUUACACUUCCGGGUGAGAAUCUGAAGUAAUUCAUGUGAGAAAGAGGUACAGAAAAAGGGGCUGAAAGAGAAGCAGAUCCUGUGUCUUCCUUGGAACAAAAACACAUUUGUGGGCCGGGGAGAGAUGCAAGACAACUGAUCAUCUGAUCAUAAUGUGUUCAUUGGACCAGUGGAAAGACCCCCCUGCCCCAGAUGCAAUCAAUUCUUCUCAUUCUCCACAUCUAAGGGACAUCUCAGAAUUGAAGAUUCAAGAAGAACAAAAGGAAAAAAGGACAAGAGCAGAGAAAGAGAAAGAAUGGAAAGAGGAAAUGAUUGCCCUGACUGGUUUUCUCAGUGGUUAGAGUGUUGGAGGGUUUGAAGGUUCCAUUCCCCAUUUGGGCCAAGUUACCAGCUCAGUCCCCAGCAGGGGCAUGAGAAAGAGCCGGAAGCAUCAUGUACCUGGCAUGCAGGCUCGGUGCGGACCUUGGUCAGGGUACAGGUGCUGGUUGGGGUGCAUUCGGAAGACAACCAAUUGAUGUGAUCAAUGUUUCUUUCUCUCUCCCUUCUAUUCCCUCUAAAAAAACCACUGGAAAAAUAUUCUCAGGUGAGGAUUUAAAAAAAAAGGGGGGGGGGGGAAUGGUAGCAGCUAAUAGCUAAUAUUUAUUGAGUGCUUGUUAUGAGCCAAAUACCAUGACAAACAUUUAAUCCUCACAACCAUCUUAGAGGUUCUUAUCCCCAUUUUAUAAAGAAACUGAGGUUCAAAGAGAUUAAAUGGCAGAGGCAGGUGACCCCAAAGUCUGUGCUUUCAAAUACUUCAAAACACUUCCUUUUAGCAAGAAUGAUGGUGCCACAGGCAUUUCUUUCAUUCAGAUUCACUGGUGUGUUCUUUAUGUUCACUUCUUUUCUUUCUUUUAAUUGAAUUUACUGCGGUGACAUUGGUUAGUAAAAUCAUAGAGGUUUCA